AUGUCUCUCUACCAGACCCGCUCGUGCGACUCUCUGAUAAAGCUUUCUGGUGUUCGCUCUCAGCCGAAGUGGUCUUUCAGAGGGAAGCCGAACAGCGAUGUUCGUGCAGAAACCCCUGGGCCGGGUCAGUACACAUCGAUUGAUUCUGCGAAGCAUUCGACGACGAAGCAUGGCUUUGGAACGUCUCCGCGGGACAUUGUUCGCCCUGCCACAUCACCCGGCCCCGGAGAGUACACGCCAGCACAGACACUGAGCAGGAGCGGUUACAAGUACGGUUUCGGCACAUCGCAGAGGCAAAGCCUGAAAAACAUCAGCGUCGCUGCUGGAAACCCGGGCCCCGGCGCCUACACCCAGUCGCCACGUUUCGGCCGCGAGGGGCCGAAGUACACGGCGAACUCCAAGCGCGGAGGCUACAAAACCUCCGAAGUGCCAGGCCCGGGGGCGUAUCACACAGGGGGAGCCAUUGCGGAGUCCUCGGUGCCAGUGCGAUCACCCAAGUGGGGCUUCGGCACGUCUGCGCGGGAGGGCCAGCUUUCAAGCCAAGGGCCUGGUCCUGGGUCUUAUGACUAUGCGAACGAUGUCUCCAAGGGAAGCCCGAAAUACUCCAUGCGCCCAAAGAUGGAGACGCGAAGGAGAGGGUUCUGGAUUAGAACAGCUGCCGCCACAGCCUUUGUGGGCUCAAGUGUCAGAGGCUGUCGUUGUCAGAGACUUCACUCCGUUUUUCUCGGCCCUGUCGGCAAGCGCAUAAUGCGUUUUCUCGGCUUUCUCGUCAUCGUCGGCUGCGCGGCCUUUCGGGACACGGUGGAUGUCCAGAAGAGCAGUGCCGCCGACAAGGCCACGCAGAACUCAAGUGCCGUGAACCUCUACGAGGUCGACCACGGCGCCGCCCUCAAGGCCAAGAGCGGGAGCUCGUCCAUCCUUGAGCAGCUGCAGUCGGGACGCAGUCGUGUCUAUGCAAUGGCCACAAGCCACUCUGCGCACGUCGUGGCUGCUCUCCUCUUCGCCGUCUGGAUGUGUGCAAUUAUGGGCCUGGUCUCGAUCCCAUGCUUCUGCCUCCUCCGUGGCCACUUGAAGUCUCGGGAGCUCCGCGAGAAACUCGAGAACUUGAAGCUCCAGCACCCCGAGCACUUGAACAGGCAGCCUCCUUCUGCUCUCUCGGAUGGCAUGCAGCGUCUGGCACAGGAGGAUUGUAUCAUCAUCAAGGAGCACGUCAACAUGCUCCAGGAGGCGACGGGGCAUCUGCUGAACUAUUCCAUCCAGACCGCUAACUGCUUCGACGUCUUCUCUGUUUCCAACAGGCCGGGUUCGGGUUAA